UGUUUACAAUAUAUAUAAGAUGAUAUGAGUGUUUUGAUGCGAAACAUUUAACAAUAAUGAAAUUUAAACAAGCAAUAAAAAAAAUAAUAAAAAAAUUAAAGAAAAUAAUAUUAACAAAAAAGUGCAUUGAGUAUUAAGCCUAUAUAUUCUGUUGUAUGUCAUCUGUUGUAUUAUUUUAUAUUAAAAUGUAUGAAAACAAUCAGCUGAUCAUAUAUAGAUGGCGUUUCAAAUGACGCACUAGUUGUGAGUAUUGUUCAAAAUGGUUGGUGGUCCAUGUGAUUAAAAUGAUUUUAUAAUUAUUCAAGAAUUGAUACAAACAAGAUGACUGCAAUUGUACAAGAAGACAAUGAAUUAAAAAAGUUACUUGGUAACCCUGCAAAAAAUGCUGGGGAGGAUGGUUUGAUGGGUCCGCCGCAAUCGACUAAUGUUCCACGACCGAGUACAUCGCAAAAUGUUAAUCCACAAUCAUUGAUAAGUCCUAUGACCCCGGCUAAUAGUACAAAAGAGGUGAUAGAACCUUGUUUACAAAAUGUAGUUUCUACAGUUAAUUUAGGCAUAGAGUUACCAUUAAUGUAUAUUAAUACAAGAACAAGAAACUCUGAAUAUAAUCCUGCAAGAUUUAUGGGUCUGAUUAUGAGGAUUAGAAAUCCUAGAGCUACUGCAUUAAUUUUUCAUUCUGGAAAAAUAGUAUGUACAGGUGCAAGAAGUGAAGAAGACUCUUAUUUAGCAACAAGAAAGUUUGCAAGAAUAAUUCAGAAAUUAGGUUUUGCAGCCAAAUUUUAUAAUUUUAAAAUACAAAAUAUAGUUGCUACAUGUGAUCUAAAAUUUCCAAUUAAAUUAGAAAAUCUAAAUCAUAUACAUGGACAAUUUUCUAGUUAUGAACCUGAACUUUAUCCAGGUCUUAUAUAUAGAAUGGUAUCACCAAGAGUAGUAUUGCUUAUAUUUGUAAAUGGUAAAGUGGUAUUAACAGGAGCAAAAAAUAGAACUGAAUUGCAAGAUGCACUUAAUAAUAUAUAUCCAAUAUUGAAAAGUUUCAGGAAGCAAUAAUAAAUUUUUUCAUAUUUUAAGUUUUUGUAAGAUAAAUAAUUUAUAUAAAAGCAACUAAAAUU